AAUAAUAAUAGUAGUAGUAAUAAUAACAAUAAUAAUAACAAUAACAAUAAUAACAAUAAUAUUAAAAAUAUAUAUAAUGAUUAUUAUAAUAAGCCCAUACCACCAUCUUCUCUACCGCCUCCACCUCAUCGGUCAAAUAGAAAUUCUCUUCAGAGAACACCAGAAACAUUUCCUACAGCGGCGCCACAACAACCAAUUGAAUCAAAUUUUACAAAUCAAAAUUUUUAUACAAAAGAUCUAUUUAAUAAUAAUAAUGCAAGAGGUUAUUUGAUGCCAUUAAAUCGUAGGGAUUCAAAACGUACAAAACUUCAACGUAAGAAUCUUGAUUCACAAUAUUUUAAUAAUAUUCCAGUAACUAAUAAUAAUACAAGUGGAGGAAAAUCUCAUACAAUAACUACACCACAUUUAAAAAAUGAUAUGGCACCGAGAGAAAAUAAAACCCCAUGGGUAAUAUUCUCAUUAAUUGUUACAGCAUGUUUUUGUGAUCCCUGUCUUUCCAUCAUUGGUAAAAUGAAAGAUCCUAACGUACGUCAAGCUUGGCGUGAAAAAGUAGCUUUAGUUGUCAUUAUAUUAAUAAUAUCACUGAUUAUGGGAUUUUUAGCAUUUGGAUUAGCGGCAGUUACAUGUGGAGCCAAAAAACUAGAAUUUUAUAAAGAAGAUGUAUAUGAGAAAUUUGGACCAAAUCAACCAAAUCAAAAAAUGCAUAUCAUUCACGGAAAAAUUUAUAAUACUGGAGAAUAUAUACUUUUUGGUAGUCAUCGUCCAUUAACACCUCCAAUUACCGAUGACCUUUUAAAACCUAUAAUAUUUCCAACAUUUGGACAAGAUAUAUCGGAUUAUUUCCCUGUGAAUAAUGAAGCUAUAGGAUGUCCUUUUACUCCUAAAAAUAAUGGACCAAUUUGUAAUCAAGCAAUUGUAACAAACAAUUCAUUAUUACAUUGUCAUACUUCAACUGAUUCAUUGAACAAAUUAAAGGAAUUUGAUAUAAAGGAAAAUGUUAUUUACUCUUGGGAAAAUAUAACACAAACUAAUACUACACUAUUGGUUUAUGAUAAUUCAGUAUAUGAUUUAGAGAAAUAUCUUGAUCCUUCGAAUGGAGAUAAAUGGCUUGGAGAUGACAGCGUUACAGAAUGGCUUAAAGGUCUUCUUGGUAAAGAUUCGACAAAAGAAAUCGUUCGGACCAAAAGAGGAAAAGAUAUUGCAAAAUGUUUACCUAAUUUUAUAGUUGGAAAAAUUGAAGGGACUACAAUUGGAUGUUUUGCAAACGAUUUAAUAAUUAUUGUAAUGAUAGUCGUAUUUAGCGGAAUUUCUUUGAUUAAAUUUAUUUCUGCUGUAGCAUUUGAUUGGUUAUUAUCCUGGCAACUUGGUAAAUUAUCAAAAAAACCAAUGACUGAUGAUAUAAGAUCACACAUUUUAUUAUUAGUCACGUGUUAUUCUGAAGGGGAAAGUUCAAUGCGUACAACACUUGAUUCAUUAGCCUGUUCGGAUUAUUCCGAUAAACAUAAAUUAUUAUUAGUUAUUGCGGAUGGUAAUAUAACUGGAUCAGGUAAUGAUAGAUCAACUCCACAAAUUUGUAAAGAUUUAAUUGAACCAUUCGAUUUAUCCGAUUUCGAACCUCCAAUACCACAAUCAUAUUUAGCCAUAGGAGAUGGUGAAAAGCAACAUAAUAUGGCGGAAGUUAUUAUUGGUUAUUAUAAUUGUGAUGGACAUCGCGUUCCAAUAUGCUUAAUUAAUAAAGUUGGUACUCCAGAAGAAAGGAAGGGAUCUAAGGCUGGUAAUCGCGGCAAAAGAGAUUCACAGCUUAUAUUAAUGAAAUGGAUUAGUAAUAUAUGUUUUAAUGAACGCAUGACUCCAUUAGAAUUUGAAUUAUUUGAAAAGGUACGAACGUUAACAGGAGUAACACCUGAUAGAUAUGAGAUGAUACUCAUGGUGGAUGCAGAUACGGUAGUAAUGAAAGAUAGUGUUAGUAGAAUGGUAGCAGCAAUGGAACGUGAUCCAACUGUUAUGGGACUUUGCGGAGAAACUAAAAUUGUUAAUAAGUCAACAAAUUGGGUUACAAUGAUACAAGUAUUUGAAUAUUAUAUUUCACAUCAUCUUGGAAAAUCUUUUGAAUCAAUGUUUGGUGGUGUAACAUGUUUACCAGGAUGUUUUUGUAUGUAUCGUAUAAAAGCACCAAAAUAUGAUGGAUAUUAUGUUCCUAUACUUGCUAAUCCUGAUAUUGUAGAAUUAUAUUCUUCAAAUACUGUUGAAACAUUACAUCAAAAAAAUUUAUUACUUCUUGGAGAAGAUAGAUAUCUUACAACUUUGAUGUUAAGGACGUUUCCAAGACGUAAAAUGAUUUACGUUCCAAAAGCAAUAUGUAAAACAGUUGUACCUGAUGAAUUUAAAGUAUUAUUAUCACAAAGAAGAAGAUGGAUAAAUUCUACAUUACAUAAUUUAAUGGAAUUAAUUCUUGUACCACAACUUUGUGGUCUAUUUUGUUGUUCUAUGCAAUUUGUCAUCUUUUUGGAACUAAUUGGAACAGUAGUAUUACCUUCUUCUUUAUUAUUUAUGUUUUAUUUAAUUAUUGUAGCCGCUAAAGGUGUUAAUGUUACCUUACCCUUAAUUUUUAUUGCUGCUACUUUCUUUUUACAAGCUUUUCUGGUUGUAUUUACAUCACACAAAAUUAUGUAUCUUUUUUGGAUGCUCGUUUAUAUUUUGGCCAUGCCAGUUUGGAAUUUUAUUUUACCAGUUUAUGCUUUUUGGCACUUUGACGAUUUUUCAUGGGGAGCUACACGUAAAAUUGCUGGUGAAGAUAAUGGUCAUGGAGGAAAUAAGUCAGAUUUAUUUGAAAGAAAUCAAAUUCCAAGAAAGACAUGGGUUGAAUGGAAACUUAAUAAUAAUAAUGAUAACGAAAAAAAUGAAAAGGAUUAUCCUUCACAAUUUAUUCAAGAUCCAUAUAUUCAAAAUAAUCAUUUCCCACCAAUAUCGAAUUACAAUACUCAUAAUACAAAUAAUGCAAAUGACUUUUAUAAUAAUUUCCAUAAUUUUAAUAAUGAAAAACAUAAUGGUGAUGAUAACAACAGUAAUAAUAAUAAUAAUAAUAAUAACAACAACAACAAUAAUAAUAAUGAUAAUGAUAAUCAAAACAUUAUUGGCACAAGACCUAUGGGUCCAAGAAGUCCAGGUCAAAAAAAGUUGAUAUAAUGAGAUUUUAAAUUAUUUUAUUUUGGAGGGAGACGGUAUUUGUAUUAUAUAUAUCCACUUGGGUGCAUUAUAGAAGACAUUUAAAUAUAUAGUGAUUUUCUUCUAUUUUAAAAUUUCUGUAAUAUCUUGUAUUUUAUUUGUAAUUAAUAAAUUUAAUUGAAAUAAUUGACGAUCA